AUGAGAAAAGACCAGUUAUUAUUUGAGUUCAGAAAUGAUGAUGAAUUUGUGGCUGAGCGCAUGGGAGACUGUGGAUUAUUCAAUCAAUUGGAAGACAAACGACAGAAUAUCUUCUGCUUUCUUCACCUUACAAUUCAAGAAUUUCUUGCAGCAUUACAUGUGGUUGAUGAUUUGGACAACGUUGGAUCAUUUUUAUUUGAGCACAUUAAUAAUCCUAGGUGGCAUUUGGUUUGCCAGUUUGUUAGUGGGUUAAUUGGAGACAAAAUGAGAGAAUUGGAAGAAAAAAGCAGAGUAUCAAAAAGGUAUGUUUAAUUUUUUAUUUUCCGCAAACAGCAGAAGAAAAGGGUGAUUCCAGCCACUAUAGUUGACAUAAAUGUACAUGUGCUGUUGUAGACACAAACAUUCCAUGAUUAAAUCCAAAACAUUUUUUCAUUGUAUUUAUGUUUCUGUUCACACAUGCGUUGAAUGAGUUCGACAGGAAAUAAUCUCAGUCAAAGCUCAGAUUGAACCUCCACUCAUUGAGUGUGAAUGUGAGUGAGCUUGUAGAAUACGGGCGUUAAAGAAUCCGUACGCCUACGCCAGGACCAAAAAUCGCUAAAGUCGCCUUAAAUUACUCUUACUCUACUCGUAUUCUAAGAGCUCACUCACACUCAAUGAGUGGAGGUUCAAUCUGAGCUUCUCUUGAGUGUUAAUGCUGUUUUUGAAUAGCUGGAGGGCUAGUGUCAUACCUUACUCGGUGACUACUCACCCUCCAGCUAUUCAAAAACAGCACUGACACUCAAACGAAGCUCAGAUUGAACCUCCACUCAGUGAGUGUGAGUGAGCUUUUAGAAUACGGGCGUUAAGGCUGCAUUCCAGUUACGCGUUUUUCAUACGUGCGUACACGCACGUAAAAGUUGAAUUCGCUUAAGUGCAAUAAGUGCAAAUAACCUUAACAAAUACAUAUUAAUCAUACACAAAACUGAAUGCUGUCCUUUUAUAAAUUUAGUUAUUUCAUAAGUAGGAUGUAAAGCGAAUUCAACUUUUACGUGCGUGUACGCACGUAUGAAAAACGCGUAACUGGAAUGCAGCCUUAAUACACCCUUUCGAUAAUUACGUCACAACUACACUGUUUCCAACUUAGGACAACCUUAAAUGGAAAGGAUUUCAAGUUUUUUUCUCAUGGGCUAUGCACAGAGAAGCAGAACAUCCUUCUUCAACACAUGCAUGAAAAAGAGUUCUUUAUAUUGACCAAAAAAUGUGGAAAUAAGCUUUAACACGAAAACGACGCUCCGCGAGCCUCGUUUUCGUGUUAAAGCUUAUUUCAUUUCAAUCAUUUCCGUUUAAGGUUGUCCUAUAAAGUUGGAAACAGUGUAGUUGUGACGUAAAUCGCUUAAAAUCGUCUUUAAUCGCAACUAAUUUUUCCUCAAGACCCGGAGUAGACCUAAUCUGUAAUCUUAUCUGCCAGCUUUUAACAUUAAUUCAGAGUAAAAUCUGAUAUAGCAAACACUCUAGUUUUGUUAUUUCGAUUAUUCUGGCUUACUUUCUUCCAUCGUAUAUCAUGUAGUAGUUUAAACGAGGCGGCAAACUGAUAUGAUAAUAUCAAAACAGAAUAUGUCCGUAAUUGUCAGUUUGCUCUAGUGAGUAAUGUAACGAUGUUUCUGAUAUUUAUCUACUUUUUAUUGCUUUAAUAUAGUCAAGAGGUUUUACAUGAAGAAAGAGUUAUAGAUGGCAUAUGCAAGAGGUAUGUUUGUCAUGGGAAAUUAUGUUGAUCGCAGUACGGAAUGGGCCAGUUCAGAUAAGAAAUCUAAUAUUUAUUAUUUUGAUGCAUGCAUGACAAUUGGUGCUAAUUUUUCGAAAGAAACUUUUGAUAGCUCGCAACAUUUCAUUUUCUAUUUCAUUUUAAUCUUAAUUGGUCUAGAUUUCAAGACUGGUUCCCAAAGCGUAGAACAAUAGACUCCAGUGGUGACAACACUUUACUUGUGAUAAAAUGUGUACAUGAAAUGCAGGAAGUUCGUGUCAUGGAAUUCACUGCGUCAUUUGCGUGUGAAGAUGAUGAUAGUAAAAAACCUAAAGAAUUUUGUUUGGAAAACUUAGGUAUUGCGCCAGUGGAAUCUACAGCUCUGUUCCAAUUUCUAAGUUGCAUUAAGAACCUGAACAAGCUUAGGAUCUUUUAUUGUAGAAUGGAGCAUUUUGCUUUUCGUAAACUGUCUCAGUUACUGAUUAAAGAUAACGAAUUGACUGAAUUAGCAAUAAAGUGCUCAUAUAUGACAUAUCAGCAUGCUAAACAUAUUGCUGAUGCGCUCAGGAGCGAAAACUGUAAACUGACCAAAUUAGACAUAUCUAGAAAUGUAUUAUUAACAGAUGAAAGUACCAAAUAUUUAAGUGAUGCUCUGCAGAGUAACGAUUGCCAACUUACUAAAUUAAACAUGGCUUAUAAUACAUUAAAACAUGAAAGUGGUAAAUAUUUAAGUGAUGCUCUGAAAAGUGAGGACUGCAAACUUACUGAAUUAUGGAUAAAUAAUAAUGAAUUAGCAGAUGAAGGUGUUAAAUAUUUAAGUGAUGCUCUGAAGAGUAACAAUUGCAAACUUACUAAAUUAGGCAUAGCUUAUAAUAAAUUAACACAUGAAAGUGGUAAAUAUUUAAGUGAUGCUCUGAAGAGUGAUAACUGCAAACUUACUGAAUUAUGGAUAAAUAAUAAUGAAUUAACAGAUGAAGGUGCUAAAUAUUUAAGUGAUGCUCUGAAAAGUAACAAUUGCAAACUUACUAAAUUAGGCAUAGCUUAUAAUAAAUUAACGCGUGAAGGUGCUAAAUUUUUAAGUGAUGCUCUGAAGAGUGACAACUGCAAACUUAUUGAAUUAUGGAUAAAUAAUAAUGAAUUAACAGAUGAAGGUGCUAAAUAUUUAAGUGAUGCUCUGAAGAGUGACAACUGCAAACUCACUAAUUUACCCAUAAAUUACAAUAAAUUAACAGAUGAAGGUGCUAAAUAUUUAAGUGAUGCUCUGAAGAGCGAGAACUGCGAACUUACUGAAUUAGGUAUAAAUGACAAUAAAUUAACAAACGAAGGUGCUAAAUAUUUAAGUGAUGCUCUGAAGAGUGACAACUGUAAACUCACUAAAUUGUGGAUAAGUAAUAAUGAAUUAACACAUGAAGGUGCUAAAUAUUUAAGUGAUUCUCUGAAGAGUAGGGACUGUAAACUUACUGAACUAGGCAUUAAUAACAAUAAAUCAACAGAUCAGGGUGCUAAAUAUUUAAGUGAUGCUUUAAAGAGUGGGAACUGCCAACUCACUGAAUUAUGGAUGAGUAAUAAUCAAUUAACAGAUAAAGGUGUUAAAUAUUUAAGUGAUGCUCUGAAAAGUAGUAACUGUAAAGUUACUGAAUUAAACAUAGGUUCCAAUGAAUUAACAGGCGAAGGUGCUAAAUAUUUAAGUGAUGCUCUGACGAGUGACAACUGCAAACUUACUGAAUUAAACAUAGGUUCCAAUAAAUUAUCGGACGACGGUGCUAAAUAUUUAAGUGAUGCUCUGACGAGUGACAACUGCAAUCUUACUGUAUUAUGGAUAAGUAAUAAUAAAUUAACAGAUGAAGGUGCUAAAUAUUUAAGUGAUGCUCUGAAGAGUGAGAACUGCAAACUUACUGAAGUAGUAAUAGGUAACAAUGUUGAAUUAACAAAUGAAGGUGUUAAAUAUUUAAGUGAUGCAUUGAAGAAUGAGAAAUGUAGUCUUACUGAUUUAUGGAUAGGACGCAAUAAAAUAAGCAUAGAAGGCAUGAGGUAUUUAAGCCAACAGUACCCGAAGCAGGAUUAUCCCCACAGACGUACAAGAGGGAGAAAAUUCGGGAAAAUUUGUCCAACGUUUAUACACAUAGCCCGACCAAGACCAAACAUUUUUCCGUCAUAAACGUCCAAAAUUCACGUCGACGUGGGGGGGGGGGGAGUAUAGGCCGUCAUGAAGGGUAAACCAGGAAUAGAUUCAUUGGAAUGAUUGAAUGAAUGUAUUACACUAAAAUCAAGGCUGUCGGAAGUAAAUCAAUAUUGGAGGAGCUCAAGAAUAAAUCUGAAUUGCUUUCGCACUUUUCUACUGAUUUCUUUUGUGUGUUUUGCAUAUACAAAUGGAAAUUAUUGGGGGGGGGGGUUUGGCUUGCCCCCUGCUUCCGACAGCCUUGAAAAUGUUACAUAUAUUAAAAGCUUGAAUAAAUGUAUAUAGCUUUUUUAAUUUAGAAAUACAUGGAAUGACUGAAUGGCCGUUAAAUUCGAGGCCAGAGUUAAGUCUGAAAUUUAGGCUGAACAUAUUGUUGUAUUUAGAAUACGUUGUGUAUGCUCAGAGGUAUAUGCCUUAAUCCUGGACAAAACAUCUGCGACACUUCCAAUUAUUUAACAAAAUUUCGUAAUAUUAUGCCAAUUUAGAUAAUACCUCGAUCCCCCUUACCCCCACCAUUCAAUGUUGAUUGCACUCCCAGAAAGCGGUUAAAACGUCCAACGUUGUUUUGAGGAGUGGAGGAGGGGGGGGGGAUGAGUAAAUUACUCCUGUCUAAUAGUAAGAAAAGCCACAAGGAAAAGCUUUAAUAUAGUGUCGCAGAUGCAUGGUUUUGACCGGGAUUGUAGUUCAAUAAUUUUAUCAUACAAUGUUAUACAGAUUGAUUGAAAUAUUAAACAGUGUUGUAAAAAUCACCAAAAAAGUAAUGAGUGAAUGACAAUUAUAUAUACAUACUUCUUGUAACAAGGUUGAUGAGGCCAACAGACUCACAACAAGUUGUUCCAACAAGUCUGAUAUCGUCUGCACGUAACAAGUUGAUGACAACAAGUUCGUAGCAACUUGUUACGAUCGACCCAGCCCAUAUUAGUUUUGUUGGAACAACUUGCAGCAAAUCUGUUACCGUCAUCAACCUUGUAUAACAACUUGUUCCAGACUUGUCACAACAACUGGGAACAAGCAGUGCGAACACAUCCUGAUAUCGGCUUUACAAUUUGUUUACAGAUCUAUAACAACUUGUGCAGGGCCUUUGCACACCUAAAAACGCACAAGUUGUAACAACCUUGCAGCCGACUUGUAGCAAUGCUGUUCCAACAACUUGUCAACAGGAUGUGUUCGCACUGCUUGUUCCCAGCUUGUUCACAAGUUGUCAACGGCUUGUUGACAACUUGCUAGAAGGUUUUUGAGCUCAACAGACUUGUUACAAGUCGUUCCAACAACUUGUUAUCGUCCUGCAAUUCAACAACUUGUUAACAAGUUGUGAGUGACAAAUUUGCAGCAACUUGAUAAAAUAACAGCAUUGUUACAACUUGUUGUCAGACAUUUUUACAUGUGUACACGCGUAAAAAUCUCAUAUCUUGUAGCAAGUCUGCCAACAAGCUGUCAACAAGUUGUGUUCGCACUGCUUGUCCCAAGUUGUCAACAAAUUUGGAACAAACUGUUAACAACUUGUAACAACCUUGUUGAUAUUAUCAGACUUGUUGCAAGGGUUGUUCCAACAAGUCCGAUACAGUCAUGAUAUAACAAUAUUGUUACAACCUUGGGCCAUCAACCUUGUAACAUUCUUGUUAUAUCAUGACUGUAUCAGACUUGUUGGAACAACCUUGUAACAAGUCUGAUAAUGCUAUCAAGCAGCUUGUUAAGCGAGAUACAACCCGAGGGGCGUGUCCCGAAGAAAGAUCCCGAGGGCCGUAGGCCCGAGGGAUGCUUUCUGAGGGCAACGCUCCCGAGGGAUGUAUCUCGCUAAGAAACCGACGUUCGAGGUAAUUAACUGACUUAGUUCAAAUUUGUAAGGAUUGAAAAACAAUUAGUUCAAAUUUGUAAGGAUUGAAAAACAAUUAAAUCUACUUUUUUGUCGAAAAUACUUGCAUUGAAUUAAGAGAAUAACGAUUGUUACCAUGGGGUCCAUAUGAAAAUGAGAUUGAAACGUGAACUACCUAUGUAGCGACGAAAAAAAUGCUUCCAGGCAACCGGAAUCAGAUGAAAAUGUAGGCUUAUGGGAAGAGAAUUUUUGCAAGCAAAUGACGAACCAUUGGGAUUUGCAGUGCUCAAACUAG